AUGUUCAACAUAUCAACUGGAAGCUCAUCAUCAUCAGCCUCUUCAUCCUAUCAUAACAAGGAGAGAUAUACAAAAGAGGAAUGGGAGAAGAAGUUAAGUGAAGUUAAUAUAUCAAAGAGUGAUCUAAACAAGUUGGUGAUGAACUAUCUUGUGAUUGAGGGAUAUAAAGAGGCGGCAGAGAUGUUCCAACAAGAGUCUGGUACAAAGAGUUCAGUAGAUCUACCAUCGAUUGUAGAUAGAAUGGCGAUUAGAUCAGCGAUACAAAGAGGUGACAUUGAACAAGGAAUAGAGAUUGUCAAUGAUUUGAAUCCAGAAAUAUUAGAUACCAAUCCUCAACUAUGUUUCCAUCUGCAACAACAAAGAUUGAUUGAACUGAUCAAGAAAGGAAAGUUGGCAGAGGCCAUCCAGUUUGCACAAGAAGAACUGGCACCUCAUUGCGAAGAUAAUCCAAAGUUCCUGGAGGAACUGGAAAGAACAAUGACAUUGUUGGUGUUUGAAGACCUUGCCAAAUCACCUCUGGCUGAUCUAGUGGACAACUCUCAACGACAAAAGACGGCCAGUGAGCUGAAUGCUGCGAUAUUGGUCAGUCAAAGUCAGGACAAAGACCCCAAGCUACCAACCAUUCUCAAGAUGCUCAACUGGGCUCAGGCACAGCUCGAGGAGAAAUGUAUAUAUCCCAAUAUGAAGAACCUGGUCACUGGCGAGUUCAAAGAGGAGGCUGACUCCUGA